AUGGUCAUUGGUCUGGGCACAGGAGUGUGCAGUCGGCCCGGGACAGUGUGUCCUGGGAGUGAGCCCAAGGCCACUUGUGGCCAGCCCGGAGAGACGGCCAGGGCCAGCUCCUCGGGCCCAGCCCUGGCCGGGAAGGAGGCGUCUUGCCUGGAGAUAUCCCCCGGUUUUGUUUUAUCUUGUCCCUUUUCCUGUCUCGGUGGUGGGGCCGUCCGGGGAGCAGGUGCCUCGUGGCCAUGGGUCCGUCCAGCGGUAGGGUCUUGCUCCUCCGUGCCCAGGCUCAUCCUGCUGGCUGUCCUGCUGCUGCUGCUGUGCGGGGUCACCGCCAGCUGUGUCCGGUUCUGCUGCCUGCGGAAGCGGGCGCACGCCCAGCGGCACCUGCCACCAGCACCCCAGCCUUGUGACCUGACCCUCUUCCCUGUGGACAGUGACAGCCCCGCGCACAGCACUGUGACCUCCUACAGCUCCGUACAGCACCCGCUGGGCAUGCGGCUGUCCCUGCCCUUCGGGGAGCUGGACCUCGACUCCAUGACGCCUCCCGCCUACAGCCUAGUCUACACCCUCGAGCUGCCUCCUUCCUAUGAUGAGGCUGUCAGGAUGGCCAAACCAGGACAGGAAGAGCCGCCCCCUCAGUAGGCUAGCCCCCUCCCCCGGGCGUCAGGCCUAGAGACCCCUCCAAGGCCUGGGAGCUGA